UAUCCCUCCUCCUCCUUCUCUUCUCACUUAUCCUCUCUCGCUCUCUACUCCACGCCACCAAUGGAGUGCGAAGCUGCUUUCAAAACCAGUUCUCGCAUGGACGCUGGCCUCAAAUUCAGCCCCCGUGCGUUUCUCGAGGAGUUGUCCGCCUCCAAUGUGCAGAAUCUCACCCCUUCCGAUCAGUUCUUUGUGGACGGCCUUCUUGACUUCUCCCACCACGACGCCCUCCCCGAGCAGCCGGACCAGCCACAACAACCCCUCCAUGAUUCUCUUCCUGUUUCUCCUCGCCUGCUCAACAAAACUCCUAAAACUUCUUCCGUCACGGACGAUUUCGCCUCUGCCCAACUCAUCCUUCCGGCGGAUGAAGAAGCAGACUUGGAGUGGCUCUCUCAUUUCGUCGAGGAUUCCUUCUUCGAAUACUCCGCUCCGUACCCUGCCGGAACAUUGCCGGGAAUUCCGAAGACCGAGACAGAGAAAGUACUUGAAUUUGAAACCCCUGUUGCGGCCUCGCCCUGUUUCCCGACCCCAGUUCCUGCCAAGGCCAGAAGCAAACGAACACGAACCGGAUUGCGGGUUUGGUCACUGGGCUUUCCUCCUAUCACCGAGUCGUCAUCCUCAACUUCUUCGUCAUCCUCCUCUUCUUCGUCUCCUUUGCUAAUUUAUAAUAACAGUGUCUCUAAUCCGCAGCUCAUCGGCUUCGAAGCAAAGUCACCGAGCGUGAACAAACUAAAAAGGAGGACGGCUGAUGAGGCGGCUGAGGGAGUGGCCGCUUCGACACCGCGGAAGUGCAGUCACUGCGGCGUGCAGAAGACCCCACAGUGGCGGACCGGACCGCUCGGAGCAAAAACGCUAUGUAACGCGUGUGGGGUACGAUAUAAAUCCGGCCGACUCUUGCCUGAAUACAGACCCGCUUGUAGCCCGACAUUCUCGAGCGAAUUACACUCGAAUCACCACCGGAAAGUGCUGGAGAUGCGGCGGGAGAAGGAGAUGAGCGAGAUGGGGUCGGGUUUGGAGCCUCCGACUGUGGUCCCCAGUUUUUGAUCAGUGGAAAAAAAAUCUAGGUAGGAGAAAAAUAGGCGAGGAAGGAAUAGAAUAAUUAGUUUAGCAGAGAGAAGAGAACCGAGCUGGUGUAAAUUUUUAUAAAUAAUUUUUUUCUUUAAACUUUGUUGAUGUGGUGGGUGCGGUAGGUGUUAGUCCUUUGUAACUGACUGAAAAGACUUGCACUUUUUUUUUCCCCCCCGGUGAACUGCACUCUUUUUAACUUAGAGGAGGAGCAGAGUGUUUUUUCUUUGUUUUUUGUUUUAGAUGGAAUAGAAUAAGUAUGUCGUGGUUUUCAAAGACGGAGGGGGUCCUGGAAAUGGGAGGUGGGAAUUACCGAAUUAGGGCUGGGAAAGCAUGGACUUGUUAUUAAACUAAGAAGGGGGGUGGAUUUAUAUCACCAAAAAACAAAAAAGGGUGAAGUGGUUGAAACUUGAGAAGCGUCGUGUGGCGUGGCCACAUAGAAUUUGUACUAAUGGAUUCCUUUUCUCGUUUCCAAACUCGUCAAUCUCUGUACUUAUCACUGGUUGUUUUUGGAUGGAGAUGUUCAUGAAUUUAAAAUUGCUUAUGCAUGGACGUUUCCAAGUCGCAUGAGCUAAAAAUUGGAAGCCUGAGCCUGCCCUUUCCGCGCUUCCAUAGCUUGGACACCUUUCACUUUUUUAGUGUUUUUUAACCAAAUAAAAAACGUUUUAAAUUAGUUUGUAUUUGA